AGUCAUUGAAUUUAAUUAAUGCUGGACAACUAGAAAGCAGCACUAGCUUCUCUCUUUCUCAAGUCCCAAGUUCAUUCACACACGCUAUCAGUAUCACUUCCAUUAGUGCCAAAUCUUGAACCCCUACAAGCAUCCUCAAAGAACAUCCUAAUUCCUAACAUAGUAACAUGGUGAUCAAAAACCUUUACUACUUCCUUUCUCUAAUUCUUGUCUCUCUUGUCUCCUUCUCAACUUCUUUCACUCCCUUAGACAACUACCUCCUCAACUGUGGCUCAACUACCAACACUUCCCUCUAUAACCGUCCCUUUCUCGCAGAUUCAACCAAGCCCGGUUCGGAUUUUCUCACAGCAGACCGUUCCAUUCCACUCAAGAACCGAAACCCACCUCCAAAUUCAUCUAAUUUGUACCAUACAGCUAGAGUUUUCACCACCAGUUCAGCUUACAAGUUCAACAUCAAGGGAAAUGGGACUUAUUUGGUACGUUUGCAUUUCUCACCCUUUGUAGCUCAAGGUUUUAAUCUUACUUCUGCAAAGUUUAGUGUUUUGGUUAAUGGGGAUUUGCUUCUGAUAAGCUCACAUUUGGAUUAUAGUAACGAUAAUAAUAACACUGUCCUUAAAGAGUAUAUAUUAGAAGUAGAUGGAAAUAUGGUUGAUGUUGUGUUCACUCCUGUAAAUGGUUCGAGUUUCGGGUUUGUCAAUGCAAUAGAAGUUUUUUCAGCUCCUAAAGACUUUAUAACUGAUGUGGGAAUUAGGUUAAUUAGUGCUGAUGGAAGUACAGAUUUCAAGAAACUUUCAUCACAGGUUUUAGAGACUAUUCACAGGAUUAAUGUUGGAGGUCCAAAAUUGACACCUUUUAAUGAUACCCUAUGGAGAACUUGGAUCCCUGAUGAUGAUUAUCUUGCUUUGAAAUCCGCUGCAAAGCAUGUGAGCACCACUCACCCGCCGAAUUAUCAGCCUGGAGGUGCAAGUCAAGAGAUUGGGCCUGAUGCUGUGUAUAUGACUGCCCAAGAAAUGAAUAGGGAUAACACAAAUUUGGAUUCGGGGUUUAACAUCACUUGGAAUUUUCCAGUGUCUUCAGGUGGUGCUCAAUACUUGGUUCGAUUGCAUUUCUGUGAUAUUGUUAGUCGUGCACUUAACUUGCUGUACUUCAAUGUAUAUCUCAAUGGGUACCUUGCUUAUGAGGAUCUUGAUUUGUCAGUACUUACGACCCAUGUGCUUGCAUCUCCGAUCUAUGUGGAUUUUGUUGUUGAUUCAGAUGAUUCAGGGGUUGUGCAAGUAAGUGUUGGUCCUUCUGUUGUGAGUACUACUUCAAGAAUGAAUGCUAUAUUGAAUGGGGCAGAAAUUAUGAAAAUGGUGAAUCUUGAGAGGUCGCAUAUGGGCUCGAAGAAGACUAUUUGGGUUCUUGUGGGUUCAAUUGUUGGUGGCCUUGUUGGUCUAUGUGUAGUGGUAGUGUUACUUGCAGUGCUGCUUGCCAUGAAAUGCAGUAGGAAGAAACCAAAGCCGAGACGUGCAGAAAGUGCGGCUUGGACACCUUUACGUGUGUAUGGAGGCAGUUCACACAGUAGAAUGUCUGAUGUGACAGCCUAUGGAUCUCCUGGACCAAAUGGAUAUCUUGCGUUGAGAAUCCCUUUUGCUGAUAUUCAAUCGGCAACAAACAAUUUUGACCAGAAUCUGAUUAUAGGUUCUGGUGGAUUUGGAACAGUUUACAAAGGGGUUCUUAGAGACAAUAUAAAGGUUGCAGUGAAGAGAGGUGUGCCAGGAUCCAGGCAGGGCCUUCCAGAAUUCCAGACUGAAAUAACAGUUCUGUCCAAAAUUCGUCACCGCCAUCUUGUUUCUCUUGUUGGGUAUUGUGAAGAACAGUCAGAAAUGAUAUUAGUGUAUGAAUAUAUGGAAAAAGGGCCUUUGAAAAAUCAUUUGUAUGGUUCAGGGAUUCCACCUUUGUCCUGGAAGCAGCGUCUUCAAAUAUGCAUUGGCUCAGCAAGAGGUAUUCACUACCUUCAUACAGGUUCAACACAAGGAGUCAUCCAUCGUGACAUUAAAUCAACCAAUAUUUUGCUUGAUGAGAAUUAUGUGGCCAAGGUUGCUGACUUUGGUCUUUCAAAAGAUGGUCCAUGUCUCGAUGAAACCCAUGUAAGCACUGGUGUAAAAGGUAGUUUUGGGUAUCUCGAUCCUGAGUAUUUCCGGAGACAGCAGCUUACAGAUAAGUCAGAUGUUUAUUCAUUUGGGGUUGUGCUUUUUGAGGUUCUUUGUGCUAGACCUGCUGUUGACCCGUUGCUGGCUAGGGAACAGGUGAAUUUAGCUGAAUGGGCAAUGCAAUGGUAUAAGAAGGGCAUGCUCGAGAAAAUAAUUGACCCUCAUCUUGUUGGGCAGAUUAAACCAAGCUCUUUGAAGAAAUUUGGAGAAACAGCAGAGAAAUGUUUAGCUGAUUAUGGUGUUGAUAGGCCAACUAUGGGUGAUGUGUUAUGGAAUCUGGAAUGUGCACUUCAGCUUCAGGAAACCAGACAGCAAAGAGAACCACAUGAAGAUGAUAAUAUUGAUGUGCCAGUGCUUCCGACACCUGGAAUUGAUCCCUGUGCUCCUUCUAUUAACAUAAGGACAGAGGGAGAAGAUGGUGAUCCAACUUCAGACAUGUCUACAACCAAACUAUUUUCCCAGUUGAUAACUAAUGAAGGCCGAUAGCUUUAGUCUCCUCCAAUUAUAGUCCCUAAAAUAUAAGUGAUCUCAAGGUAGCUUAUUUAAUUGUUAGAACUUCCACUGAAAAACAUAUUAUAGGUAUCAAUCUAAACUUCUAAAGUUCUUCUCGUACCACUUUUUCUCAUAUUUUCUUAUAAGUUGCAAGUGAAUCUAUAUUUUAUUUUGAUUUUGUUAAGUCAAAUCCAUGAGAGGAAUAGUUUAAAGGCUUCUUAAUUUGACUUGGUGAAGUUAUUUGAGUUUUCUUGAUGUAGAAGAAAAGUUUGUUCCUUAUCAAAGAAGUAAUGUUCUGUUC